CACUCCUGCUUUCCAAGAACCCAGUGCCUUGCCAUCCGCUGUAUCGCUGUCACCGGUCGCUGCUCGCGCUCUUAAAGCCCAGGAGCACCCUCCUCUGGCCCGGCCUCCGACCUCUUCCCCUUUGCCCUGCCGUGCACUCGUGCCCAUGCCAGACUCGCUCUCUAUCUGCCCUGCCGAGUCGAUGGAGCCCGAUCUUCUUCUUCUCUCCAAAUCUAACCCGCGCCCGCGAGGCUCCCUGUCGAUCAUCAUCCCGCAGCCGCCCCAGGUCUCCGCCCUUGGCAGCUUUCCCUCUGGUGCGGCCACGGCGUCAUCGUCGUCGCAGCGACUCAGUUUGAGCCCAAGCCCUGGAUCGAGAACGCAGAGCUCGGCUUCAGGGCCGCGCGGAUCGCCGGCGUCGUCUCGAGAACUCGCUGCCGAGGCUGCCUUCCACUUACAGACCGGCAUCCAGCUCGGUGAUCUUGUGCUGCUCGAAAACAACCCUCCAUUCGACGACAGCACCCAGGGCACCAUGCAGCCCGGUCUAGUCUCGAUGCCCCUCGCGCUCCCAGACCCUGCUGCCUCCAAUCUACUCCAGGGCCCAUGGACAGCGUCCUUUCCUUCAUCCAACUACGAUUUUACGCCCUCAUCAUUGUCAAGCCAGCUCUCAUUGUCGCUGGCACCGCCAACCAGUCGUCCGUCCGAGCCGCAUACCAGAGAACUGUUCGGUGGUCCCCCAGCCACUCCACAAACCUUCCAUGGCUCUGGACUGUUAUCCGACGACGACCAUAGCGACCGCUUCUUGAGAGACCUGGUCGCCCAAAAGCCCACAGAACCACCAACCAUGUCACCCGAGAUGGUGCUGCCCUCAUCCUUGAACUAUGCCGUCCUGAAAAUCAGCAACAUUCCGUGGGAUCUGACCCUCAACGACCUUACCAAUCUAUUUUCGCCAGUGAUGAUCCCUGUCGGGCAUCAUCCACCAACCUACACCCACUGCAUCCACAUCCUGAUGAACCGGGUCACUGGAAAAACACUCUCGGACGCAUUUGUCGAGUUCCCCUCUAUCGCUGAGGCUCAAGCUGCGAUGGAGCUGCACCGCGGCCAGCGCAUCGUCGUCAAGGGCCGGUGUCUCGCCCUUCAGCCCAGCUGCCAGGAAGAGUUACUCACCACGCUCUUCCCGACUCGAUACGGCAUCCCUCUAAGCGCCCGCGCCUCGGUUUAUACACCGACGCAUGGCGAAUCUCCAGACAUCGCGCCGCGCCCGUUCCUGCAUCGGGACGAAAUCAACGGCAUACUGCUGAUAUGCAGAAAUCUCAAGGUUCAUUUUGCCCGUCGGUGCAGCGAGCGGCCGUUCGAGAACAUCAUAUCAAUCCUUGCAAAGCUGCCCUGGAACGACCCCGAGAGCAUCACUGUGAUGCAGAGGGACCAUAUCUUUGAGAUGCUCAAAUUGGCCAUGGAGUCUCUCGUCGGAUACAUUCAAAAGGAAAAGAACCCCAGCCUCAGUGUGUCGCUCAGCACCAGGCUUCUCCGAGCGGGGUUGUGCGUGCCGCUCUUUACGGAGCGACAAAAGUCCGCUCUGUUACAUGUCUCGCAACUCGAGUGUCCGGAUGAUCUGAGGCCGCUCCUUAACGACCCAACUACCAAGCGUAGCCUCAAAGCGAGGACUUCACCUGGAAGCACAAGCCCAGAAUCGGCUGGACCACACCUCGAUAAUGAUAACCGCGAUGCCGACGCAAGCGACGGCUCGCCCAAUGAGCCCCGGGACGAUUCCCAGGCUCCCCGCAGCUCUCUCACGCAGCGCGACAACCGAGAGCGCACACACGGCGAUGCUGUCGAUCGGCUCGCCGAGCGCGGCCCCGCACCGACGACCGGCUUUGACAGCCGGCUCCUCCAGAUCGGCGGCCUCGUUGAUCGAAUCCAAGCCCUGGAGAUGCAGCUGCACAAAACGCAGCACGAGUACGACAAGCUCCGGAGGCAGUACGACUACCAGAUGCUCCGGCACCAGACCGAGGUCCGCGAGCUGGAGACCCAAAACAGAAGCUACCAGCACCAACUUGCCCGGAUGCAUGCCUGGAUGCGGUCCAUGGAGCUUUCGGCCGAUCCGUUCAGCUCAUCGCCGAGCCCAAUUGAUCCAAAAGCUCAUCAGCAGCAGCACCCCCACCCCCAGCAUCAGCCCCAGCUGUCGCAUCACCGGCGCCAGAACACCUCCCAAGUGCUUUCCCCCGGGCUUGGCUCGUCGCCGUAUGCCUCCUCCAGGGCGCGAGAUUCGCCCGUGGGCGUUAAUCCGGGGUACGGAUUCCCAGUGAGGCCGUUGGUGGGUGGCCAGGACGAGACCCGCAUGGGGCUGCUUCGGCCCUCGUUACUCGAGCAUCAGCAGCAACAGCAGCAGCAGCGUCGGAUGGAUCUAUGAGGCCUCGAGCGGGCGAGAGGGGCUGCGGUGCGUGAUGAAUACAGGUCCUCAGUUCGUGCUGGCUCGGCAA